AUGGCAGAAAAUAGUGAAAGUAAUAGUAAAAAUGUAGAUGUAAGGCCCAAAACUAGCCGGAGUCGAAGUGCUGACAGAAAGGAUGGUUAUGUGUGGAGUGGAAAGAAGUUAUCUUGGUCAAAAAAGAGUGAAAGUUGUUCAGAUGCUGAAACAGUGAGUGCUAUAGAGAAAACUGAAGUUCCUUUAAGGAGCCAAGAAAGGAAGCACAGCUGUUCAUCUAUUGAGUUGGAUUUAGAUCAUUCCUGUGGGCAUAGAUUUUUAGGCCGAUCUCUUAAACAGAAACUGCAAGAUGCUGUGGGGCAGUGUUUUCCAAUAAAGAAUUGUAGUAGUCGGCACUCUUCAGGGCUUCCAUCUAAAAGAAAAAUUCAUAUCAGUGAACUCAUGUUAGAUAAGUGUCCUUUCCCACCUCGAUCAGAUCUAGCCUUUAGGUGGCAUUUUAUUAAACGACACACUGCUCCUAUAAGUCCCAAAUCAGAUGAAUGGGUAAGCACAGACUUGUCUCAGAGCGAAUUGAGGGAUGGUCAACUAAAACAACGAAGAAACAUGGAAGAGGUGAGCUGCUUCUCACAUACCAGUGUUCAGCCCUGUGUCAUAACCAGUAACAAUUCUUCGGGUAGAGGUGGUCUUGGGACUGACUCUAUAGUGAACCUGGCUUCAAAUAACAGCAUAGAAGAUAGUGAUAUGGAUUCAGAUGAUGAAAUUAUAACACUUUGCACAAGUUCCCGGAAAAGAAACAAACCCAAGUGGGAAAUUGAUGAAGAAAUCCUGCAACUGGAAACACCUCCCAAGUACCAUACUCAGAUUGAUUAUGUCCACUGUCUUGUACCAGAUCUCCUUCAGAUCAAUAAUAAUCCAUGUUACUGGGGUGUUAUGGAUAAAUAUGCAGCUGAAGCUCUACUAGAAGGAAAACCAGAAGGCACCUUUUUACUGCGAGAUUCAGCACAGGAAGACUAUCUGUUCUCCGUGAGUUUUAGACGCUAUAGUCGUUCUCUUCAUGCGAGAAUUGAACAGUGGAAUCACAACUUUAGCUUUGAUGCACAUGAUCCUUGUGUCUUCCAUUCGCCUGACAUUACUGGGCUCCUAGAGCAUUAUAAGGACCCGAGUGCCUGUAUGUUCUUCGAACCACUUUUAUCCACUCCUUUAAUUCGGACUUUCCCCUUUUCCCUGCAGCAUAUAUGCAGAACAGUUAUUUGUAACUGUACAACUUACGAUGGCAUUGAUGCCCUUCCAAUUCCUUCUUCCAUGAAAUUAUAUCUGAAGGAAUAUCACUAUAAAUCAAAAGUUAGAGUACUCAGGAUUGAUGCACCAGAACAACAAUGCUAGAAAAAGGGUAGGAACAAGGGUGUGGUUAUAUAUGUAUUUUCAUUUAAUAUUUUAUUUUUCUUCUUAUACCACUUUGAA